AAUUGGUUUUGUCAAUCCGGUGUGCUACGAAAAAGUCCACAUGCUUCUGCUGUUCACAGUUUCCAUUCUCUCUCUCUCUCUCUCUCUCUCACAAACCAACACAAUCAUUUUCUUCCAACCAUGUAUAUAAAGUUAUAAACCCCCCACAGAAUUCACUUCAAUCCAUAACCACUUCACACACAACCUCUCCGAUCAACUUAAUUUUCCAUCAUGAGGAGCAAGGGCCAGAGCGGGAACGUCUUGGUGAGAAUCGCGGCGUCGCCGCUGCGAGCGCUGGGAAAAGCCAAGGACAUGUACGUGCGAAGCAUAACAAACUGCGGCAACAACAUUAGUUACGGGGACCCCUUGGAAGGCGCCGGAAGGUUCUCCAGGAGCUACAGCGUGGCCACCGCCACGACGUCGUCGGAGAUCGGCGGCGACGACUACGCCGAGCUUCUGAGGGCGGCGUCGGCGAGGACCCUGGUGAACCGAAUCGACGUGGAUUUGGUGGUCAAACAGCAACAGCGACAACAACAUGGUACUUCCGAAGGGUUGCACAAGUCCAGCAGUGUCGGGAUGGCGAGGAUUGACGAGGAUACGCCGUACGACGCUGAUGGGGGCGUUGCUAUUGUCACCGACCCGUAUCCCAGGAGUCGGAGCUACGCUGUGGGGAAAAGCAAGCAUGAUUUUGGAACCAACGCUGUGGAUUCUCGUAAAUUCACCACCCCGACUCUUUAAGCUGGGAGCUGGUGUGGUGAGGGGAGAUUAGUUAGUUAGUGAGAGAAUCAGGUUUUAAAUUUGUCAGAAUUGUUUUUCUUUAUGUCUUGUUUUGCGCGAUUAAUCGCGUUUUGCUACCUUCUGUUUGUUUGGUGAUGGUAUUGGUGGAUGAAAUGAUAUAUUGGAUGUACAGAUUUGGUUGUUUUGGGAUUUCGUUUUUCUUUUUUAUAAGUAUGUACUGUUAAGGUUGAUUUCUGUUAGAUUGUCCUUGUAAUUUGGCCAAUUGAGUCCGGAUUCUAAGAUAUAUCUACUACAAGUUUAAGUGGUUUA